CCCACUUCUACUUCCGGUUCUAUACAAUGGCUGCGCCCUGGUAAAACAGCAAACUGACUGAUCUGGGUGUAACAGAAUUUGGCUUUUUUUGUGUGUGUGUGUGUUACUUUUAUCGGGAGGACUAAAGCCACAUACCAGCCAACAUGGAAAUAUUUGAAACACACAAUGAAGGCCCAGGAUUUGUUGGUAUUCGAUUUUGUAAAGAGUGCAAUAACAUGCUGUACCCCAAAGAAGACAAGGAAAACAGAAUACUUCUAUAUGCUUGUAGAAACUGUGACUACCAACAAGAAGCAGACAACAGAUGUAUCUAUGUCAACAAAAUUAUGCACGAAGUGGAUGAGUUAACACAGAUUGUUGGAGACGUCAUAGCUGACCCUACCCUUCCCCGCACAGAAGAUCACCCAUGUCCCAAAUGUGCUCACAGAGAGGCUGUCUUCUUCCAGUCUCACAGCACCAAAGCAGAGGAAGGAAUGCGUCUUUAUUAUGUGUGUACAAAUCAACAGUGCCAGCAUAGAUGGACUGAUUAGAUGGAUCACAGCUGGAACUCAUGAACCGGGCACAGGAUAUUCUAGGAAAUUGUUUUUCUUGUUUUGGAAAUUUAUCUUCUUUAAAUUUCAACGGGAAAUCUGCUUGUUGUCAUAUAUUGUGUCAAUAAAAGAAGCAUCCUAUUCUUGAAAGUAUGAAUGCCAGUUGCUCAUGCCCUUCAUUAAAGUUUGAACUUAUUUUUACUAGUUUCUCAUUCUUUGGCAUUCAGAUUUCUAAAGUUUUGUGGUCUGUCUCUAAAAGUUGAACACUGACAAAAUUUCAUGAAACUAAGCAUCUGCCAUCACUUUUAAUUAUUAAUCUCCAAAAUGACAUUUGAUAAUUUAUGUUGAAAUUGAAAAAAGGAUUUUGAUUUUCUUCCGUUAUCAGGCUCAUUACAAUGUCAAUUGUUAGAUUGUGAACUGCCUUUGUAUUUUCAUCACCCUUUUAUGGCUCUUUGUAAAUUCAUAUCAUCACAAUAGUUGUUUCUUCAUGUCAGGACCAUUGAAUAAAAUGUGAAAUUGAAAACAGAA